AUGUGUCAAAGAGAAUGAACGAUUUGAUAAGCAAUUGUAGGUUGAAUCUAUUGAAUUUCGUCAAUGACGAAUCGUCAUAAAUGUUUAGAUAAGAAACAGAAGAUGGGGUUUAAAAAUAGAAGGGUAACGUAAUACACAAAGGCAUUAUAUAAUUUAAGUUAAAAUGUGUACCAUACCCCCAGCGCCGCCCCCACCACCGGCAUCCAUUCCGACCAGCAAUAGUUCACCACCAAAAUUAUCAGAUUUUUCGCCUACAUUUAAUAACAAUGAUAUUUGCGAAUGGGCCAACCGUGAACCCCAGCUAUGGGAAGUUUGUGCUAAAAAUGAUAUCUGUUUACAUGAAGCUCCAUUUCAUUACAAAUACAAACAUUUCGAGUCAAUUAUGCAAGUAGGACCAACCUGUGGAUUAGUUGCUCUAUCCAUGUUAUUAAAUGGAGAAGUCACGCCCGAUGAACUUCUAGAUAUAAGUAAAAUAGAUGGUUAUAGUAAUAAUGGAGAAAUGUUCAGCUGUAACAACAUGGCUAAGUUAGCUGAAAAGGCCAUUAGUUUGGCGGAAAUAAAAAACGUUGAUGUUUAUGUAAAGACUGGGAAUCUAUUUAGUGAAGAAAUUAUACUGGAAUUAUUAAAUGGUGCUAUUUUACUGAUUGCAUAUGAUGCAGAUUUCAAUCAUUCACCCUGCCUACGACACGGCCACACUGCUCACUGGGCUCUCGUCUGUGGUAUAGUUGUAAUAAAAGACCCCGGUGACGAUUACAUUGCUGAUUCUAGUAAUAUAUACGUCCUGUGUCGACAUGGAAAAUCAAGAUUCCUUGCAGCUUGGACGUUGAACGAUUUAGAUAAAAGUAAUAAGAAUUUAUGGGAAUUUUCACCAAAGAAACAGGAGGACGGUUUGAAGUAUGUGCUUCCCGAAGGUGGUAUUGGGGAGGUAAAUGGUUUGAGAGACAAGUUUUUACUAUUUAAAGGCUUGUAAAUUGUAUCAAUAUAGUAUAUUUUAAACAUUCUUGAUCUAAUCUAAAUUGCACAAUUUAAAUGGUGAUGAAAAUAUCCAACUAGAAAAAUAUAUUGUUAUAUUAUAUAAUUAUAUUCUUAUAUGUA